AUGCCUGGCAAUAGUAAUGUUGAAAGAUUGCUGGACAACAUCAAGAGCGAUGAUGGUCGGUCUACACUGCGGGGAGAAGACGACCAAUACGGAUACACAGGCCCAAGAAAUGAAUCUGUCGAUCCAAGCUUUAGAAACAAACCUCAAGCUUCAACCAUCGAACCUGCUCCCAUAUAUCGAGCCAAGCCGCAUGAGUAUAAAAAGAGCUCACGAAAUGUACCUCCACCUCGACAUGAAAACUUCGACCGUAGAUCGAUUGGUGAUUCACGAUCUGGAGUCAACCCUCGAAGUAAUAAUCAAGGUCCACGCUCGCUUCAACAGCUACCCGUUAGUAAUAACUCGCCUCGUAUCCCAUAUUACGAAACCGCGCCUCAAUCAGCUUUUCCACGCCCAUACUCAUCUACUUUGCGUAACAGAUUUACCUCACACUCCGUUUCACGUCUUCAAAUCAGAUCCCCAGAGAUAGCUCCUGUUUCACAUCCAGAUACUUUCUCAGUCGCUAGACCUCAACGAGUCCCUGUCGGCGUCGCUUCAUACCGAGACACUUAUGUUAUUCCCACUUUAAAUCACACGGUGCAGGAAUCAUCCGGAUUAUCCGCAGAUAAUCCACGGAUACAGAUAAUUUAUGCGCAGCCUACUCGCGAAGGAUUAGUCCAAAGAACCAUAGCCCAAGAAACCCGAAGAGCUGGAUUUAGAACAGCUGAGGAGAAUGAUGCGUAUGGAAGAUACUUGAGAAGUGGAGGCCAAUUAGACAGCAUUGGAUCUGGAACGGGUAAUUUUUCGAGAAUGGGCAUGCCAUACGAUAAACCUGCAAGGGAAACGUGGGCAAGAGAUAUGUGGGCAAGUGAAAUGCUAAAGCAAAAUGGUUUAGAAUGA